CAGCUACGUAACACAAUAUGCCGGGCUUCGCACAAGCCUCUGAUCUUUCCGCCUGGUCGGCUCUCCAGGACCACCACCAGAAGCUCGGAAAGGACAUUGUAUUGAAGGAGUACUUCAAGAAGGACCCUCAGCGAUUCGAGAAGUUCAGCCACACCUUCAAGAACGAGGCCGAUGGCUCAGAAACUCUGUUUGACUUCUCCAAGAACUUUGUGACCGAGGAGACCAUCAAACUGCUUGUUGAGUUGGCAAAGGAGGCUGGCCUCGAGAAGCUUCGCGAUGACAUGUUCGCUGGUGAGAAGAUCAACUUCACCGAAAAGCGCGCAGUCUACCAUGUUGCUCUCCGCAACACAUCCAACCAGCCCAUGAAGGUUGAUGGCGAGAGCGUCGUUGAGGGCGUCAACGAGGUGCUUGACCACAUGAAGGAAUUUAGCGAGCAGGUUCGCAGCGGCGCAUGGAAGGGUUACACUGGCAAGAAGAUCGACACCAUUGUCAACAUUGGUAUCGGAGGCUCCGACCUUGGCCCCGUCAUGGUCUCUGAGGCUCUCAAGGCCUACGCCGACCGCUCCCUCAAGAUCCACUUCGUUUCCAACAUUGACGGCACACACAUUGCAGAGGCUCUCAAGGACUCCAACCCCGAGACUACGCUGUUCCUCAUCGCUUCCAAGACCUUCACAACCGCCGAGACCGUCACCAACGCAAACACUGCCAAGGCAUGGUUCUUGAAGAGUGCUAAGCAGGAGGACAUUGCCAAGCACUUCGUCGCUCUAUCGACCAACGAAGAGGAAGUCACCAAGUUCGGUAUCGACAAGAAGAACAUGUUCGGAUUCUCUGACUGGGUCGGUGGACGUUACAGUGUAUGGAGCGCUAUUGGCUUGAGCGUUGCCCUUUACAUUGGUUUCGACAACUUCCACCAGCUUCUUGCUGGUGCCCAUGCCAUGGACAAGCACUUCAAGGAGACUCCUCUCGAGAAGAACAUCCCCGUUAUUGGUGGUCUCUUGAGUGUCUGGUACUCAGACUUCUUCGGCGCUCAGACUCACCUUGUUUCUCCAUUCGACCAGUACCUGCACAGGUUCCCCGCUUACCUCCAGCAACUGUCCAUGGAGUCGAACGGCAAGGCCAUUACCCGUAGUGGAGACUACGUCAAGUACACUACCGGACCCAUCCUCUUCGGCGAGCCCGCCACCAACGCCCAGCACUCUUUCUACCAGUUGCUCCACCAGGGUACCAAGCUCAUUCCCACCGACUUCAUCCUGGCAGCACAGAGCCACAACCCUGUCGAGAACAACAAGCACCAGAAGAUGCUUGCUUCCAACUUCUUCGCUCAGGCCGAGGCCCUCAUGGUCGGCAAGACCCCAGACGAGGUCAAGGCUGAGGGUGCUCCCGAUGAGCUCGUCUCCCACAAGACUUUCUUGGGCAACCGUCCCACCACCUCGAUCCUGGCGGACAAGAUCACCCCCGCUACUCUCGGUGCCCUGAUCGUCUACUACGAGCACCUCACAUUUACCGAGGGCGCGAUCUGGAACAUCAACAGCUUCGACCAGUGGGGUGUCGAGCUUGGCAAGUCGCUCGCGAAGAAGAUCUUGGGCGAGCUUGACCAGGAUGGCGAGUCGAACUCUCAUGACGCUAGCACGAGCGGUCUCAUCAAUGCGUUCAAGAAGAAGUCUACUUUGUAAGCGCUGCGAACGAUUGGUGGCCCGAGAGGCUGUAACGGUUAAAUGAUUUCAUGGCAUGCGACAAAAGCGAUCAACCGAGCGUCUGGAGAAUAUGUAGAUGAAUAAAUCAUAACAUACGUAAUUUCGA